CGAAUAUUUCUAGUUAGUGUUGCGAUUCUAAUCCUAGUUGUGGUUCUCCGGGAGACUGAAGGGGUGUAGUUCCAGUCGUUGUGGGUAGAGGUGUAUUUAGUGGUUGGUGUCGGUGUUCCUGCGGGAGACUGCAGGGGUCCCCAGCCUGAAUCCUCGAGUCUGAACGCUUUGGCCAGGCAGCGUCCAGCAGCAGCUCGGUGGGAGAUGGCGCCCAGCUCCAAAGCAGACAAGGACCACAAACAGAAACAGAGGAAACACAAAGAGCAUGUGGUGAAGCUGCUGACCCGCGGGAAGCUGUCAGGUCAGUUCUCCCAGCGGCUCUUCAGGAAGCUCCCGCCUCGGGUCUGCGUGCCUCUGAAGAACAUCGUCAGUGAGGAGUUCCUCCGCGCUGGUCACAUCUUUCUCGGCUUCACCAAAUGUGGCCGCUACGUUCUGUCGUACACAAGUGACUGUGGGGAAGAUGAUGACUUCUCCUUCUACACAUACCACCUCUACUGGUGGGAGUUCAACCUCCACAGCCGACUCAAACAGGUACACCAUGUGCGUCUGUUUGCGGGAGAGGAGAUCUACAGCGACCUCUACCUCACUGUCUGUGAAUGGCCCAACGACCGCUCCAAGAUCGUCAUCUUUGGAUUCAAUACCCGCUGCUCCAGCUCGGUGCUGAUGAACCUGAUGAUGAGUGACGAGAACAACAGAGACAUCUACAUCACCAUCGCCUCCAUGCCCCCGGCCGCACCCUGCACCCAGUGCAGCCCGCCACCUGCAGCGUCCACCACACGCACAGGCGGGGGCGAGUGUUUGGAGCACGGCUACGUCCUGAACAGCCGGUACCAGGUGGUGUACCCCUUCCCCACCUUCCAGCCCGCCUUCCAGCUCAAGAAGGACCAGGUCAUCCUGCUGAACACCAGCUACUCUCUGGUGGCCUGCAGUGUCUCGCUCUGCCCAGACCAGCAGCAGUCCUCUCAGAUCCUCUACUCCAGAGGAGCCGCCCCCGCCGAGUCCGCCUCCUCCAGGGACUCCUCCUCCCCCCCCUCCCCCGGCCGGGCCCCCCCCUCCCCCGGCCGCCCCCCUUCCUCCCCCGGCCGGGCGCAGGCAGCCCUGCGGGUUCGGGAGUUCGCGGCCGAUCUGUUCCGCCGUUCCCAGGGGGGGGGGCGGGAGGAGGGAGGAGAGAAGGAGGCCCUCUCUGUACUGCGGGGAGAGGGGGGGACCCGGAGGCUCUGCGGGGGGAGGGGGGGGGAGGGGGGGGAGGACAGUAGGACUCGUCUCUCAGGGCCGUCCACCUCGGUCGGGGAGCGCGCUCUAGAGCGGCUCUCUGGACAGAGUCCCGCCCCCUCCUCCUCCUCAUUGGCCUCGUCUCCGCGGACCCCGCCCUCGUUCUCCUCCCAGGAGACCGGGGCGGAGACGGGGGUGGAGCUGGGGGCGGAGCCGGGCUACGUCAACUACACCCGCCUGCACUACUGCCUCCAGCAGCCGGGGGCAGCAGAGGCGGAGGCCGGAGGCUACGUGGACGAUAAGGUCCAGCUGCCGUUCAGCGUGACCGACUUGAAGGGACGCAACCUGCAGCCAGUGACUGGGGAGCACAGCGGACAGACGGUGUGUGUGGAGCAGCUGACUCUGGACUUUGAGUAUCUGAUCAACGAGGCGAUCCGCAGCGAUGCCGCCUGGGCGCCGCUCUUCUGCUCCUUCAGCGACUACGACGUGGUGAUACUGGAGGUCUGUCCGGACACCAACACGGUGAUGAUCAACAUCGGGCUGCUGCUGCUAGCCUUCGCCUCGUCAGAGGAGGAGCACUGCAGGCCCAACACCUACCACUCCAACCUGCAGGUGAGCUGGGACCUCAACACAGGGCUCUGCUGCACCGUGGGCGUCGGCAACCUCACCGAGGUCAAGGGUCAGACAAGUGGCAGUGUGUGGAGCUCGUACCGCAAGUCCUGCGUCAACACGGUCAUGAAGUGGUUGGUCCCGGAGAGCAGCUCGCGCUACAUCAACCGCAUGACCAACGAGGCGCUGCACAAAGGCUCCUCGCUGCAGGUGUUGGCGGACAGCGACCGCUGCACGUGGAUAGUGUUAUGAAGGAGAUGUUUUCCUCCUGGCCGGUGGCCGCGUCCUUGACACCAUAAGCACACGCACAUCAACACACGUUGACUCUGACCUCAGUGUGCUGUGAUCUUAUCUGAAACGGCUGAUGGGGAAAUUACAUUUUUCCCAUCACUUACGGAGGAUUAGCGUAUGACAGCCGGGGAGAGGGAUGGUAAACGGAGUCCAGGGAUUGCAUGGCUCCUCCCGCUGGUAUUCCAUCUUGUUCAACCGGCUGUCGCACCGUAUCGCGGGAUCAAGAACCGCACAGAGCUGACUGAAGGAAGACCUGCGGAGGAGUACUAUUACAUGAGCUGUUCUGUUCUUGUGUGUCUGUGUGAGGUCUGGACAUGUAUGUUUUUUUAAGGAGUAAAUAAGUGUGCGUAGUGCUUCUAGCACACACUGAAGAUCCUGCAACGACCAAUCACUGCACAGCAGUCUAGUGAUGUCACGAUGAGAUACUGUCCUUGAGUCGACCACUGUUUGGAAGGCGGCGUUUUGCGUUAUGGUUAGGAGGAAAAAGGGAUUCAAUUGUUCAAAUAAAGUGAUUUAAAAAAAGA